CUAAGUCACAUUUUCUAAUGAAAUAAUGGAUUUGUCAAAAAAAUAACUUUUUUAGGCUCCACUCAAUUAUAAAAGUGACUAGACAUGGAAUCGAAAAUUAUCAGAAGUUAAAAAAAAAUAAUCCUAAUUUUAGUCAAUCCUCGUUGCAACUAAAACAACAUGUCAUAUUUUAAAUUAAAUUACAAAAUAUGAAUAUUUGUAAGGAUUUACGAUCUGAUAGCUUUGUGUAAGUUAGUCCUCUCUCCAAUGUUAUGAGUUCCGCGUAAGAUUUCAUAAAUUUAUUACCUAUGGAAAGUAUACGCAACAUCAAGGACAAAAUAAAAUCAUGCGUGUCUUGCACGGAAGACCUGUGUCCUAUUAUCAAGGAGAGACUCGAACGCCAUAUACAAACCCACAACUCGAGCACCAAUCAAGAAAAAGUCCAAUACCAAAAAUUUCGAAAAUUUUCUGGAACGGAGAGCAUAAGCAACGACUUGACGAUGAGCUCUGAUGAACAGACAUCAACAACAGAUCUCAGAGAAAAGGGGUCAGAAAGAACUCCCAAAGAUUUGUUAUAUAGAGAAGGUCUCAAAAAUGUAAUCUUUGAAUGGGCUAAAAACUUGCCGCGAUAUUCAAAUGCAAGUUCAGAAAAUAUAAAACAGAAUAUUGUCAAUGAUCUUAUAGAAAAGUUAAAUAAAAUGCAUUCUGAAGUAGAAGAAGAUUAUUAUGAUACAAAACUGUCAAUGGAAAUAAAUAAAUUUAUAGAUUCAUUACCGAUGUUGUCUAGAUUAUUAGAAAAUAAAGAAUAUUUGGACCAACUAAAACAAGUACUUGUAGAGAAAAUCUAUAAUUUGAAUAAUAAUAUCAAUUUUCAUACUACAGCAGGAAACAAAGCCCAGAGAAGUAAAAGUAAUCUAAAAGACAAGGCUUCUAAUACUCAGGAAUAUUAUACAGCAAUAGAGGAUUCGGACAACCGUAGAAGCCUUUCCAAAAUUUACCCUUUUUACAAGAAAACGAUUCAAGAACCUAAUGUGAAAAUUAACAACAACAAAAUACCAAACUUGAAAAUAAUAUUUAUAAAGAAAUGAUAUUUAAUUGGAUCGAGGACAUUCACAGGAACUUAGACAAAAAUGAAAAGAUGAUGAUGACUGACGCUCUCACCAAUCGUUUAAAAGAAUUGUUACAUUCCAAAACUACAUCAAAUUAUAAACUGAUGCUCAAAGCUGAAAUAUUUAAUUUUUUAAAUGAUUAUGCAGACAAGUUAUUUUUGUCUCCUGAAAACUACACAUAUCUUAAUCGAUUAUCAGAAAAAAUUGCCGUUAAAUUACUGAGCGUCAAAUUCAGUAACGAAGAAGUUUAUUCAAUGUCUUAUACUUCCUGUUUCAAAGAAUGUCCUGACGAUAUGAGCCCUUGGAAUUGUGAACAAGUAGAUCCCUAUCAACAUAUAGUACAAGAAAUUGUUAGGGGGCAAUUACAAAAAUUUAAUAUUUCAACUUCUAUCGCAACAGACAUUAUAAACAUUAUCUUGAAAAACAUUAAGUUUAUUUGCCUGCGCCAAGAUUACUACGUAGAAAUACACAUAUUCAAUAUUCUAAAAUUUUGUACUGACCUGUCAGACUACAACAUUUCCACUUUGACUAGUAAUAUUUUAGAUCAAAUAAGAACUGAAGCCACUGGUAAAUAUCUGACAGCAUACAAUUUUGUCUGCUUUAAUAACAAUGGGAUGACUCGAACACAAAGUUUUAUUUCUGUCUACAAAUCCGAACAAGAAAUUCGUGGACCUAACACCUUGCUACCCACUUUAAAAAGAAAAUUAAGUGCAAACAGUAAUCAGCAAAUAACAAUGGAAGAAAAAAAAUAUGUUAAUAGAAUAUCGCAGGUAUUAAAGGCUUGGGUCAACGUUUUGCCUAUCGAAGGCUCUAAAUUGGAAAAAAAGAAAAAUGAAAACACUAUCAUUAAUAAUCUCGCUUACGACAUCUUAGAUCAAGUUAAGUUAGAACAGUUGGUUCCGGAGACCAGAGUUGAAAAAGACAAAUUUUUAUCAUUUUUUAUCAACAGGUGGCUCAACAGAUUAAAUUGGUUUCAUAAUAUAGCUGACGCACAACCAUACGUUGAAAAUUUAAUACAAGAGCUGAAAAAGGUUUCUCUUCCAACUUUUUCUAAAACCAACAAUAAAAAAUAUGCAAAGAAAACGCAAAUAUCGUCCGGAUCUAACGAAAUGUCUCCUAUUGAUAAGAAUGCAAUUGAAAAUGAAGAACCUUAUGGUCAGCCUUUAAAGCUCCAAGCGAUAUUAAAGGAAUUCAUUUCCAAAUAUAUUGAGCACAAUUAUGAUGAAGAUAACGCUCUGACUAGAGAAGUGUUUGGCCAUAUUUUAAAAAAGGAACUGCAGAAGUUAAGUACACCAAGCAGACGAGAAGUCUAUACUAACUUAAAUAAUAAGGAGGAUGACAAUUUAGCUUUUGAUAAUUUAUAUAAUGAAUUACAGUUCAUUAAUAUUAUAUCGGACUGGCUCAAAGAACUUCCAUUAGAAGGUUCUUUCAAUGUGUCUGGCAAUGAAGACCGUGCGCAGUGGAUUAUUGAUUUAGCAAAAAUAAUUAAUGAAAUCGAAAAAAGUAAUUCUCAAUCCAAAGAUUUUCAGCAACAACUUAAAUCAAGAAUUAUGCAAUGCACAGAAGUGUUGCCUAUAGAAGAUCUGUAUAAAGAGAACAUGUCCACUUUUAUCGAUAUUUUAAUCAGUAAUAUAGAUGAACUUCAUUCUUCUCCCCAAUGCUGUGCAUUUGCAAAUGAAACAGGUUUGUCUUUAAACAUUAGCAGUGUCCCAGACCACAAUAUAAGUGACUUUAUCGAGGAGUACAUACGAGAUAAAAGCGACGUCAUCGGCGACGAUGAGCUGAAACUUGAUGCCUGCUCCUUAAGAAUUUACAAAGAAGUGGAUAAUAUGGCCAAGGAUAAUCCUACCAGCCUAAGCACGUCUCAAGUAUAUAACAGACUCUCAGAAAUGUCGCAACCAAGUGUAGAAUUAGGCAAACGCUUCAAUGUUAAACUCAAUUAUGCUAAGGAGGUAAGUAACUGGUUGAAUAAUUUACCAUUGCUGGCAAUCGAGGAUACAAAGGACGUAAUUAUUACAAUGAUAAGCAAUUUAGCUGAAAAAAUGACUGAAAGAUGGCAAAUAAAAAAUGUUGAUUCAAAUAAUAGUCAAGUCGAUGAUAAAUUAAAAGAUUAUAUAAGGACAUGGAUUAAAGAAUUACCGCUGGAUCCCAAAAAGGAUAUUGUGCUGCCCGUUGUUGUUCAACAAAUUUGGAAUAGGAUGGAAAAAGUUAAUAAAGGUAUAGAUAAACCCUGUGCGGUCCUAGCGGGAGCUACGGAAAACUCAAAAUCCAUUUGCGAAUCUCUUUCUCCAUGCUGUAAAAGAAAUCCUUUAACAAACGAUUUUGAAAAACUUGACCCUGGUACAGAAAUUGUUGAAGCAAUUGAGGGUUGGUGCAACAAUUUACCAAUUCAUCUUGAUAACAUUUCUAUGGAACGCACUUUAAAAGAAGAAUUUAGUACAAGACUUUAUAAGAAAAUUAAUGAACUGAACAAAAUUCCUGAUUGUUUUAACAAUAACAUUACUUAUCUGCAGAUGUUAGAAGAAGAAAUAGAUUCAGGUUUAAACGAUCUGCCACAAAAUCCUCAACUUCAGCAUUCAAGACAAAUGUUGAAAAGACAAUUAUUGAAUAAAGUUAAUGAAAAUAGAAACGUGAUGAGAGAGAAGACAGCUGGCUUGAAAUAUAGACAGGAACUAGAAAAAACUAUUGAAAUUUCCUUACCUAAUCCUGUUUUUUUCCAUCAAAAAGACUGUCCCGGUUUUAAUAUUUAUAAAAGUCUGUUAGCACAAUUGUUUAUUUUGGAAAAUUUUGAUCACGCUCAUGAUGAUUUUAAAAUUAAUUGCAUCAGAAAAAUACGAAAUAAAAUUGAUAAUCAUUUUGAAAACGUGGAAAAUAUUAAUUCUGUGUCAUUAACUAAGGACAAGUUGUUUAAUCAACUGUACGGCUCUCUAUUCUCUGUCCCAGUUCCAAAUGAAAACUCAAUUGCAAGAGAAGUUGAAGAAAUUAAAACUCGCUGUGUCAUUGACGUUUGGUUUGAAAGUUUACCUAUUAGAGAAGCUGUUGGCAUUGAGGAAUUACUUCAACGUGAACAAAUUAUAUCCAUGUUAGCUAAAAGAAUACAUGCAUUCGAAAAAAAUUGCGAGAACCCUAAUGAUAAAAUCAAUAAAGAAAUAAAUAAAUGGCUGAUGAAAUUACCAAUAUUACCAGAUCAUGAAAAUAGCUUUGAUAAAUUAACAAAUGCACUUUUACAAGGACUUAUUUUAUCCAAGAAAGAAAGGGCAUGUAAACUGUCUGACCGAAAUGUGACUCUCGAAAAUUUUUUAUUAGAUAAAGAUAAUAAUAAAGGGAACUUAGCUACAAGCCAACUAGCUGGACCGAGCAGCGAAGGGAAAUUGUGGUUCAGUCCAACUUCAUCAUCGUCACCUAAAAUUCCUCGAAGUUGUUGUAAAAAAGGGGGGAAACCUACUGACCUUCUCCUGGAAGUCAUAGAAAAGUGGUGUCAACAAUUACCACUACCAGAAAAUAGUCAACAGGAUAAAGAUAAUGCAAAAACAAUAAGAGACAGUCUUGUUGUAAGAUUAAUAAUUAAAAUUAGUGAAUUAAACUUAAACUUGGAAGCAUUUGAGAAUGAUCUUCUCUAUGAUUCACUGCUUGAUGAUGAAAUAGAAGAUCUAAUGUCUACAUUACCCGCUUCGGUUGAACUACAACAAAACAAAAUUUUCUUAAUAAAACAAUUCAAAGAAUCUAUAAAAUCUAUCAAACCCCUAAUCAAGAACGAGAAAGCACGUUAUGAAUAUAAACAGGUUCUUAAAAAUACUGCGGAUGAAAUUUUAGAACCACCCCGAAAUGUACCUACUACAAAAGGCGCUUUGCUACGAACAUUGAGAGAUGAAAUUGUUGAUGAUUUUAUUGUCUACAAUUUUUCUAAAGGAAAUGAAAACAAUCGUGAUGUAUAUAAAAUAAUGUUACAGAGAGUUGUGCAAAGAUAUUUUUUUGAGAAAAAAAGUAUGUCUAAUGACGCUGAAUCUGAUCCAUUAACGAAAGGAAAUCAACUGAUGAAUGAGUUGUCUAAAGUACCAACACCGAGUGAUGACGCUAUAUUAGACGAAGUAAAUGAAAUCCUAAUGAAAUUUGAAGUGAAUGUUUUUUUUAAAGAAUUACCCAUCGCUGAAGUCGAAAGUAAGCUACCAUUACAGAGCCAAGUGAAAUACAGUUUAGCUAAACGAUUGAGUGAUUUUAAAAAAGAUGGUUUUAAAAAUAAUCAUCAAGAAAUUAAAAAUGAAAUAAUAAAAAGUCUGCAUAAAGUACUAGAUGAAAUCGAUCCUCAAAAAGUUGAUGCAUUUAUCAAAAGGUUGGAAACGACGGAAAAUCCAAAAUUUCCUCAGAUAUUCUCCUCCAGUAAUCAAAAUAUGAGUUUUCCGAAUGAUUAUGUUUUUAGAAAUGAUAAUCCUAUGAGUAUAAAUAAUCAAAAUGGCGCAGAACAAGUUGCAAACAAGGAAAAUGAUGUGGAUCAAAAAUGGAUGUCAUUAUUAACAGGAACAUCUGGAGCGAUAGGUUCGAACUACCAUGGCACCAUACAACCCACAAACUAUAGAAAAAGUACAGACAAUAUUGUGAGUCCUCGAGCACCAGGACAAGAUUUUGAUCAUAGCCUCAAUCAAUCAGAAUCGAGUUACAAAAAAAUCUGUGAGGGAGGAGUUUUAACUUCCUCAGUAAUGAGAAAGAAUGAAACCAUUCAGAUUAUACCCAAUGCAAAUGGUGAAGUCAGUAAUUUAAGACCGAACCAAUAUUUAGGUGGCUCCGUUGGUUUAAAAAGAGACAUCCCUAACACUGCAGAUACAAACCAAAUCAUGCCCAGAAUCACUAACAGCCUUGGCCAGGAUUUACAACCGCUUGAUAAGGAUUCCAUCCAACAAGGGGGUCUGGGAGCAAACUUGCGACAGUCCAACUUAUCAAUACGACCGCAAUGUCCAAAUUCUUGUGCCCAACAGACGGAUGUAGGUCAAGAACUGGCAAUACCAUGUCAAGCUCUAUCUAAUCAGAGCGGCCAACAAUCAAGAUACACGUGUAGUGAUUGUUGUAGAAAUCAAAAGUUUCCUGAUGCCCAAAAAUAUACCUUCAACUCAUUCCGUCCAUCAUCGCAAUUCACUUCAGAGAAUAAAGUAGUCACACAACAACAGCCAUGCAGGCCGUUAUCAUUAUUAGACCGAGAGUCAUCUAAACAAAAUGUAGACGAAAUCUCAAUACGCAGUCUGCCGCAGGACUCGUUGUCUCAAUUCUCUCAGAAUUCGUCACAAGCUUACAGUAGAUGCAACAAAAAUUGCCGCAGACCGUCUAUUGUAUUACUAAGUCCUCCUUAUACAGAUUCUAAUAAUCUAGCGAUAGAGGACGGGAAGAAGCCGCAAGCUAAUUUGGAACCAAUAACAGAUGAAAAUGAAAGCAGAUGUUCAUGUAUCAGCAAAAGCAGGAAGCAAUGUCGAGGCAGUCCCCUCUGUCCCGUCCACAUGCGGAAACAGUGCAGAGUAUGCAACAGACCGAGUCCCUUCCGUUGUAUGGGACCUUACCGCCGCUAUUAUGGUUUCUAGAUAUUCACAGGGAAGCGGAAGUUACAUUUCAAUAUGAUAUAAAUAGUGAAGCUAAUAGUAAACAAAGUUGCAACGUGGAAAAUAAA